CCUCGCCCUUUGGCGAGCGAGACGGUGUGAUUCACUGUCCAUUUUUGUCAUUUAUGAUACCGCGGGAGUUUUGUACAUACCUCACCCAAGAUAUCAUGUCGCUCUCUUUCUGAGCGUUCAUCCUAUUCCCACUUGAAAACGAAGGGAUGUCAAGUUGUAGCAUAUUGUAAUUUUAACCUUUAUUUUGUACAUUCAUUUUUGUUUCUGGUUCGUUCUCCAUCAAAUUCUAUAUAAAUGGCGACGAAGGACCCGUCAGCAUUCACCUCUGCCUACGAAUCACCGGAUGACCUGCUCGGGUCAUCCGUCGGCGACCAUCUCGUUCUCAGGAGCGUCCUCGGCGUCGGAUCAUUCGCCGUCGUGUACGAAGCCACAAGUUCUCGCACCCCAUCGACAACAUACGCCGUAAAGGCCCUGUUCAAGGCCGGUCUCACCCAAGAGGACCUGGCCAUCCAAGCCCGGGAGGGCCAGCUUAUGCGCAAACUGGUCCACGAGAACAUUGUCCAUCUAUACGACAUCAUCGACACCCCCGACUGCACAUUUUUGGUACUGGAGCAAUGCGAAACCGACCUGUAUGACUUGAUCGAAACCCGCCGGCUGUCACCAGACGAGGGCAAGUUCUUCUUUGACCGCAUCUGCGCGGGCGUGCAGCAUUCCCACGAACUGGGGAUCUACCACCGCGACCUCAAACCCGAAAACAUUCUCCUGACCUACGAAGGCGAUGUCAAGCUCACCGACUUCGGACUUGCGACCACCGACCGCACUUCAUCGGAUAUCGGUGUAGGGUCCGUCCGCUACAUGUCCCCUGCAUGCUUCGACGGCGAGCGGUACGAUUCUGUCGGGAACGAUAUCUGGGCCCUGGGUAUCAUCCUCAUGAACCUCAUCAUCGGCCAGUCGCCGUGGGUCGAACCCUCCGUCGCGCGGGACUACCUGUAUGCGCAGUAUGUGAGCCAUGGCGUACGAAGCUUUCGGAGCCGGUUUGGGAUCACGGAGGAGUUUGCCCAUGUCCUGGAGCUGAUAUUUGACCGGAGGGUUGGGAUUGAGGAGAUGAAGACGCUGGUGGCGGGUGUGGAGACGUUUUUUGUGACCCAGAGAGAUGAGCGAGUCGUUCCUGAUGUCGUUGCGAGGCCUGUUGCGGCAACAGACGAGGAGGCGGAGAUGUCGUUCUUGGUCACUGGUUUCAAUUGGGCUGAUGACGAGGACGCGGAUUCCGGUGUCCCCUUUUUAAGUACCGCCGAUGAGGAAGAAACAUCGGACAUCAUCGAUGCGUCGUCUGUCUCCGCAACCGAUUUGGAAGAUGCGCACUCACUCGAGCAGCCCGUAGACGUAUCCGUAUUCAACGACAAGAACCUGGUCCCCUGGCUACACGAAUCACAAGCAGCGAACACCAUCCCCUCGUCCACAACCCCCGACGUGAAACCAUACUACGCUCUAUCAGACCCACCACCUUACAUCGACACCGGCCAAACCAUCAAACCCACCACACCCCCAUCAUAUUCCCCAGAGCACCAACCUCUCUCCCACCUCAUACUACCCAGCACCAUCGACGCCACAGAUCCGCAUUCCACCCGAUCCACCCGCCCCGCGCCGACAUUCACCCACCUACUCACACGCCGCCUCAAACUCGUCUCGGCCGCCGCCACCCGACUCACGGCUUCAUUGCAGUGCUUUUUCGGCACGGUUGGCCAGAAAAUGGCCGCUGUCAAUCCCUCAUAUCAGGUUUGCGCGAAUACGUAAGGGGCCGCACCAUGUUGUGCUUUUUCGCUCGCUCCCUGAAGCAUCAACUCGCCUUUGCCCUCCCCACAUGAACGGACCCCGCAACCUCCUGCCAUGAACCCCUGUAGAUGCUGUGACACCUUUGCAGCACCUCCCCGCAAUGGCGUACCCCCAGACUUCCCCUUUUGUCGGUAGCUCUUUUCAUUUACAUCCCUCAUAUGUCGUGCUGACUCUCGUCCCUCAUCCCGGGGUAUUUCCCGUUUUUGAUUCGCUGUUUUCUUGCUGUACCCUUUACCUCAUUUUGUAACUAGUUUCGCUUCUUCUGGUAUCCUUUUUGCCUUCGUAUAUU